AAUUGACAAUCCAGUGGCGUAGCCGAAGAAUGUGGAUCUCUCAUCACCAUCUUUUCAAUACAUUUGCCCCAUGGAAAUCAGGGAAGAUAUAUAAUAUUCUUCGAUUAUUCCUUCACACAAUUGAAUAUCAUAAUUAUUUAUUGUUGAACUCAUUUAUUAUUUGAAAUAAAAAAAAUGCCUGGUGAAGAUAAAACUUUAUCAUCCUUAGCAUAACUAUGAACAUAAAAAAAUGAAUCGACACACAUACGAAUUUAAGAUGAAAAGCUUUCCAUUUUCCUCAAAUAUGGAUUUAUGGUAGACCACAUUUCGAUAUCAGAAAAUACGUACGAAUUUUGUUUGGGAAAAUGACAAACCACCCCAAAAUUCAUUUAAACUAAGAAGAUUGAGGAAAAAUAUAUUUCUGAUUGGAAUUUAAGAAAACUAUGAAUUUCAUUACAACGACUCUUACAAACGAGAUGAAGUUGUAUUUCAGUUUUUCUCAUUUCAAUUAUAGAUCUGCAAAAGUUAUUAUUAACAUAACACAUUUUCCCUAUAAUGCAGAGCAAUUGCGAAGGAAAAACUUGUUUUCAUCAAGGAAAGGUACAAUUAAAAAUAAGUACUGCGAAAGUUACUCGUUGAGUUGUAAAAAUUAGCUUGCCUCCUCCAAAACUAUUUUCUAAAUGAGAUUAUUAUUGUAAUGUGAAUGAAAUACACAUUAGAAGGAGAAUCGUAAAAAGUGUUUUCAUCGUAACAUUUGUUUGAUAGCCCGAAUCCUGAAAUCUAUGAAAAGUGCAGAUGAACCACUCGCGAAGAUGACAUCUAACGACAAGAUCCUCCUGGUGUUGACGCUGUUCGCGAACGCGGUGCGUCCCGACGACUACGUCGAAGAGCUGAGGCAUCGUUGCAACUUCACCAAGAAGGCCUACGUCUGCACCAAGUUCAGGCUCUUCGACUACAUGGAGCACGAGGGUCUGCUGCCGGAGACCACGCCGAAGGCUAUGGGGGGUUUCGUUAGGUUGGUGAAGAUGGAAAGGCAGAGUGUGGACCCGGGACUGUUUCCGGAGUCCAGGUAUUUCGGGGGUGAUUCGGAGCUCAUGAAGAUCGUCAAGUUUGUCCAGAGGAAGGCUGCCAGGUUCUUGGAGAAUCAGGCUAUGUCUCUGGCGUUGCCGGAAGGGGCGGAAAUUGUCGACGUGGAUUCGACCGGUAAGGGUGGUGGAAAGAAGAAAGAGAUGCUGAUACCUCUCAUAAUGCUGUUCAAACUUUUCAAAAUCAAAGUGCUGGUAUCGCUGGUACUCCUAUCAGUACUCUUCAUCAAAAAGACCAUUCUACUAACUGCCAUGUUCUUACCAUCCGUUAUCCAGUCCAUCAAGAACCACUGCAAAACGUCGUACCACGUGGUACCGCACCACAUCGAGGAGGAACACCAUGACCAUGAUGUUUCUGGAGCUGGAUGGGGCUACACCGGGUAUGGGCAUGGAAACGAGUUUGAAAGACGUAGAUUGCAACGAGCACAUAUUAGAACCCGCUUCUAUAAUGGUCGAUAGUUUUAGAUUUUAGUGUGGGAUGAGAAAACACCCUCAAUAGAUCAAAAUUGGUUUCUACUGGAAAAAGGGGUUGUACAUACAGCUGUGGGAAAAUGUGGUUCUGUGGAAGGUUUUCUGAUAGGGAUUUAGUUAUUAGCUGAAUUAGUUUGGGUAGAAUUCUUAGCAGUACUUAUAAAUAAUGAUAGGUAAAUGUCGUAAAGUUGAAUGAAUCCUAUGCUAUAGAGUGAUUCCUGUUGGGUUUAUAUGAUUUGAAAAUUUUGUGUUAUUGCUAUUGAUGCAUUUGCGUCUCAGAUUUUCG